UGCUCAUCAAUUUCCUCCCCUCAAUUUCACAUUCUUUUGAGCAAUCAGUCAUUCAAGCCCUCAGCUCCUCUAAUAUUAUUUUUUCCCACUAUGAGGACUGGCAUGUUCUCCUACACCACUUACGAAGAUCAGCAAAUUGAGCCUCAUUUCCUUGAUGCUUGUUUUCUUUGCAGAAAACCACUUGGAAAUAACUCAGACAUCUUCAUGUACAGGGGAAACACACCGUUUUGUAGCAAAGAUUGUAGACAAGAACAGAUACAGGUAGAUGAGGCUAAACAGAAGAGCUGGAAAGUGUCCUCUUCUUCUUCUUCCAGUAGGGGAGCCCUCAGAAAAUCAGACACCAACAAUAACCCUACCCCCGACAAAAGUGUACGGAGGACAGGCACCGUUGCUGUAGCCUGAUCUGAGAGUUUAUAUGCUGUUUAUAAUCUCUUACAGUUCCACGUGGCAAGAUCAUGGGGGGUUGAAUUUUGAUCAAGGGGUUCAAACACUGGGGUUGUGACUUGUAAAGGUGAGGUGGGAUUGAGGGGAAGAAUAUAGGAAGUUGUGACGAAUGUGUUGAAUAUCGAUGAUUUCGGAAAUAUCGGCGGUCCAAAAAUUUGGAAAUAUUGACGAAUUGGGAAAUAGAAAAGGGGAAGAAAUCAAGAAUACCCACCUAAGAGUUUUGUUUUGUUCUGUUUGUUUUGUUUUGGUCUGUGUUUACAAGGAAGAGCCUCCUUUGGUAUAUAGGAUGGUUUGUAAAUUUUUUGUAAUGAUCUUUGUUCACUUCUCAAAGGAUUUUGAGACAUUGAAAAGUUUCAAAGAGACUUGAUCAAAUCUUCACUCACGUUUUAUGAUUUCAUUUU